GAGGACAGAGCUGUGGACAUCUCUUCAUUUUUAUUCAACACUUGGAUGUUUAGGGUUAAGUCUUCACAGUGAAGAUGAAUAUUUUCUCAUCCCCAAUCCUGAUCUUUCUCUGUGCCAGAGGAAUCGUCAGCUUCCAACCUCUAAACAGCAGAGGUAGCAUCACUCACAGGGACAUCACCAGGAAGGGCGCUCUGCGGGUCACCUACAGAAUGUUCCAGCAAAUCCCCAACUUCCAGGGCAUGACCCUCCCUCCCGGCUCCAUCAGGGAUGAGGAGCUGACGGCUGAGAAUCUGUUCCAGGUGUAUUAUGGAGGGGCCAUUUCCCCCUCCCAGUUCAGUCAGGUACUUGAGGAUAUGGCCAUUCACAAUGCUGCUGUUGAUGUGCUCUACGCCUUCUCAUCCAAGCGACACUUUGACUCCGAGAUGCUGCUAGAAGGAAAGGAGAAGAUUCUGGAGCUGCUGGAGUGUGUCGUCCGGAACAUUCAGCAGGAGCAUUUCAAAUCCGCUCAGAAAAGCAUGGGCCGUCUGCUGCACACCCUUCAGGAUUUUUACAGCCACAGCAACUGGGUUGAGUUGGGCUUCAAAAAACCAAACAGCAACAUCAUCAUUCCAGACGGAGAUAUCGGACCAACAGCAGCAAAGGACGAGAGGACAUGCAGGGACUGCGAAACAGAUGUUUGUCACAAUAAUAUCCUCGAAAGCAUCCAGUCCAGGAAUGUUCUCACCACCGGUUACUUUAACGUCCUGCCCUUUGGAAAGCCCAGGGGUAAAUGCAGCCACGGGGGAUUGCUUGACCUGACCAGUCACAAGGACGCCAAGGGUGGUAUUAAUAAGGACACCGUCAGCUCCCCUCACGGAUACCUCCACAGGGAGGCUGCUCGUGUGGCCCUUGAAGCCACAGAGGAGGCGUUUGGACAAAUCAGAGACAAGGUCGGAGACAAACUCUUUUUAAGGUUCUUGAAUGCCAACAGCCCCACCAGCCUGGUCCUUGUGCUCGACACCAAGAUGAGUAUGGCGGAAAAUAUGGACGUGGUCAAAGAGAGAGUUGUUUCCAUUGUUGACCGCAGGCGAGGGAGCGCACAGGAACCCAGCCACUAUGCCUUGGUGCCCUUCAACGAUCCAGAUUAUGGCCCAGUGUUCAAAACCAGUCAGCCCAAGGAUUUUAAAGAGUCCGUCUCAGCACUGAGAGCUCGAGGAGGGGGGAUCAACUCAGCAAAGUGUCUCCAUGCAUUACAGCAAGCACUCACAAACUCACCGCCAAAUUCUCCGAUCUAUGUAUUCACUGAUGGAGCAGCAGGGGAUAGUUAUCUGCAGAACACAAUCCUUGCUCUGAUUCAGGAAUCCCACUGCCAGGUGUAUUUUUUCCUGACCCCGCUCUUUCUCAGGCGGAGGCGGAGUAUAAGACGACGUUUGCAGGGAGAGAGGGGUUGGGGAUUUGAUCUCUAUCGCAGAAUUGCUGUGGUUUCGGGCGGAGACGCUAUUGCACUCUCCAAGCAGCAUUUGUUUGAAGUGACCUCAAUUAUUGACGAAUCCACAACAGCCUCCAUGGUCACCCUGCUGCGGGUAUCCAGCACUGCAAACCACAUCAAAUAUCCAAUCACCUUUUACCUGGACACGACCAUCCACAACGUCACCAUCUACAUAGCAGACAACCCGACAGAUAUCAGAAUCACUAACCCAACAGGUGUAUCUCAGGUGAUCGUAGAGAGAUUAGGGAGUUUGGCAACAACAAAAACAUUUGGGAAUCUGAAGGUGAUCCAACUCCACUCACCAAUCGAAGCUGGAGUCUGGGAACUUCGACUCAGGUCCAACACGGAGUAUUCCGUUAGAAUUACUGGACUGAGCCUAAUCGAUUUCUCAUACAGCUUCACUGAACACUUUGGAGGAGCUCAUAAUGGAUUCACACCAAUCUCUGGGCGACCAAAUGCUGGCCGGAGUGUGACACUAAUGAUCUCAGUGACCGGCCUCCCUCUCUUCCCAAACUCAUUGGUCACUGAUUUACUCCUGGUCGAUGUUAACGGGAUGACCAUGCAGAAUGGAAGGAUCUUGAACGAUGGGAUGACCGACACCACAUUCCUGGUGGAGAUUGAGAAGGUCCCGAAGGAAUCGUUCUUUGUGCUGAUCAAAGGCCAGGAUGGGGCAGGGAAUAUCUACCAACGGCUCUCGACAACACUGCUCUCAACAGCACACGCAACACUGACG